ACCAGACGCUGAGCAGAUCCCACAUGUCUUGCUAUGGAGCUGCAGUGAUUCCCUGUUGUCUGCUCCGCUGAUUUCACUGAUUGUGCAGAGAGAAGCUCUGAUACUACAGGAGGGAGGGAGGGAGAGGGGCUGCUGCAUGCUCUUUUAUUAUUACAUGUAUUAGGUGAAAUAAAAGCCCUCCACAUACUUAUCAUUACUUCCUUGCUGUGGAUCUCCCUGGCAGAGCAGACACCUUGUACUGUACAGGAGGAUCUGUCUGAUGAUCGCACACCACAGUGCAGUCUUUUCAGAUUUGAAGCUUUAAUUAAAUGAAUUCCCGGUGAUCCUGCCAGGAAAGUCCUAGAUCACGUACAUCCUGUUGGGGAGUGACAACUGGAUGUGAAACUGCAGCGGUGAACAAAUCACAAUGGAAGACCUGAGUGGUUCAGUGACAAGUUGUCCUGAUGUGUACGGUGUGGAGCAGGACAAAGCCGCUCGUGUAAUCCAGAGGGCGUUCCGCAGGAUUCUAGACAUGAAUGUUUUUAGGUAUCUCAAAAAUCUCAUCAAUUUUAAAGCACAAGGAGACCCAAAGCUUUUGCUUAAAUGUAUAAAUCCUAUAGAGGCAGAACUUAUCGAUGCUGCAGCUGGGGUACAUGUCAGAUUCAGACUAGGAGGAACAAAAUUCCCACCCAACAUAUAUUAUAAGUUGUUUACUCACAGACCAAUUGUGGAUAUGUGUGCCAAUAGUCCUAAAGACUACACCAAACAAUGUGUGAAACAGCUGCUGCCAAAACAAAUCCAUAACCAUGGAGCCAUUCCAGAGGACACCCACAGCGGCUGGUACACACGGGUAGAGAACAAUGGCUGGAGGCUCCUCACACUCAGGGUCUUUGACAGCUUAGAUGAAGUGACUGCCGCUGAUAAUAAGAAGAGGGUCAAAUUCAACCACAACAAACUGCAGAGGAUACAGGAUGUAUUAAAAAAACAAAAGCAACGAAAAAUUGACUGGAUGAGAAAGAUGUAUUAUGAAGGAAGCCUUCAUGCCCAGACUACAGACCCCAACACCGCCAUCUUGGUACAGCGCGCUACACAAGGUGUGAUUCAGUCUGUAGAGCAACAUGGCACCCAAGCUGUUUUAGACUGGGAAGUGGAUGAACUGCUGAACUGGACCAACGCGCUCAACUAUGAGGAGUACAUCAACACAUGGAAGGCAACUGGAACAAGUAAAUCAUCCUGUGCAUUCGGCGGAACAACCUUCAUCCAGUCUCCAUAUGAUCAGUAUGAAUUUUCUCAGCUAUCACAAUGUAGCCCACUGACGUUGGACUCCAGUGAAAAAGAGCAGGAAUGACCACAAGAAAUAAAGUGUCUGUUCACAGAAUAUGUUUUUGUAAUUUGAAAUUAAAGGCUUAGUCCACAAAAAAAAAAAAAAAAAUCAGUUUUGGUUGAACAUUAAA